CCGGGGCGGGGCCUGGGCCGCGGUGGUAGGCGCCUGUCGCUGGGUGCGCGGCCUGGGGCGUGCGGUUCUAGGCGCGGAGUCGAGCUUGGGUCGGGUCGCGGCGGCACCAUGGUGCUGUGCCCGGUGAUCGGGAAGCUGCAGCACAAGCGCGUGGUGUUGGCCAGCGCCUCCCCGCGCCGCCAGGAGAUCCUCAGCAACGCGGGCCUCAGGUUCGAGGUGGUCCCUUCCAGGUUCAAGGAGAAGCUGCAUAAGGCCUCAUUCGCUACUCCGUACGCAUACGCGGUGGAAACAGCCAAGCAGAAGGCCCUGGAGGUGGCCGGCAGGAUGCACCAGAAGGACCUGCGGGCCCCUGACGUUGUCAUCGGAGCAGACACCAUCGUGGCGGUGGGAGCGAUGAUCCUGGAGAAGCCUGUGGACAAGCAGGACGCCUACCGCAUGCUGUCAAGGCUGAACGGGAAGGAGCACAGUGUGUUCACGGGCGUGGCCAUCGUCCACUGCUGCAGCAAAGACGGCCGGCUGGACACGGAGGUCUCGGAGUUCUACGAGGAGACCACGGUGAAGUUCUCAGAGCUGUCAGAGGAGCUGCUGUGGGAGUACAUCAACAGCGGAGAGCCCAUGGACAAGGCUGGCGGCUACGGGAUCCAGGCGCUGGGUGGGAUGCUGGUGGAGUACGUGCAUGGGGACUUCCUCAACGUCGUGGGCUUCCCCCUGAACCACUUCUGCAAGGAGCUGGCACGGCUGUACUACCCGCCCCGCCCCGAGGACCUGCGGCGGGUCAGGCGCGACUCCAUCCCCGCCGUCGACACCUUCGAGAACCUGAGUGACUCGGAGGCAGGUGGCUCAGACCCAGGUCAGAGCGCCAAGGGCGGCCGUGGUGGCGAGCAGGCGGAUGGAGACCGGUCACAGGCUCCGCGCGCGCUGGAUGCAGCCCUUAACGGGGCGGACAGCCGGCCCCCGUUCCCCACAGGCCUCCUGGAGCUGAUGGACGGCUUCAAAGCAUCCAAGGUUCUGUUCACGGCUUGCAAGCUCAAACUGUUCGAUGUGUUAAAAGACCAAGGCCCCCUGCAGGCCGUGGAUGUCGCCCGCAAACUCAGCACCUGCGCGGGCAGGACUGAGCAGCUGCUGGAUGUGUGCGCGGCCCUGGGUUUACUGGAGAAGACGUGCAGAGGUUACAGCAACACGGAGGUGGCGACCCUGCACCUAGUGUCAGACGGCGAACACUCUCUCCAGGGCGUGGCCGAGUACCAUGACGCCCACGUCUGGGGCGUCUUCACACGCCUGGGCCUGGCCGUGCGGGAGGGGGCAGACCAGACCCGCGGGGCUCUGGGGGCGAUGGAGGAGGAACGCCUGUCCCAGAGCAGGGAGCUGACGCUGCAGUUCAUGAGGGCCAAGCACAGCCUCAGCAAACUGACCGCCCACCACGUGGCCACGGCCUUCGACCUGUCCCGAUUCGCCUCUGCCUGCGACCUGGGAGGCUGCACGGGCAUCCUGGCCCGCGAGCUCGCCCAGGAGUACCCGCGUCUGCAGGUGACGGUGUUUGACCUCCCAGAGGUCACUGAGCUCUCUGGGGGCUUUCAGCGUGGCGGACGACAGACAGAGCGGAUCCACUUUGUGCCAGGUGACUUUUUCAAAGACAGCCUCCCGGAAGCAGAUCUGUACGUCCUUUCCAGAAUCCUGCAGGACUGGCCGGAUGACAAACUCCACAAGCUACUGAGCCGGAUCUCAAGCAGCUGCAAACCAGGCGGUGGCCUCCUGGUGGCUGAAGCGGCGGCAGAGGAGGAGGGGGCGUCGCAGAGCCCCCGGCUGCGGACCCUGAGUGCCGGGCAGCCCCGGAGCCCCGACGAGCACCGGCGCCUUCUGCAGCGACACGGCUUCCAGGACGUGCGGGUGGCGCGCGCGGGGGACCUGCUGUGCGUGGUCCUGGGCACCCGAGCUGCGCCCUGAGGGUCACCGGGAACCCGGCGGGGCCCAGCACCCGGAAGUGAAGGGUUCCUGGAGAGCAGGUGUCACCGGACACAUUAAAGGAGGCGGAAAGCACGGCUGUCUCCGCGCAUCUGUGACGCGCCCGGGUGGUGGGAUGCGUGGGCGGGGGGGCCCCGGGGCCGGCGAGGGAUGCGCAGGCCAGGCCAGGUCCCCAGGUGAUGUCAGCAUCUCCCUCGCUCCCUCUUAGCUGGUGACUAGAUCUUGGCGGACCUAGACCCUACUUCCCAGUGUUUCACUCCUAUUUUCAGUGCGUUUGUCCUCUGCCCUCCCGGCCGCGUGCACCUUCUCUUACCUUCAGGGCGGCGGAACCUACCUCUGCCCCCGUCCAUGGUGAAACCGCGUACAGGAGCUCACGCGGUGGGAGGUUUAUGGGGUCAAGAUGCUUGUUUACUGCAAACGUUCUCCAGGUACCUGGGUGAGGCUGUGUCUCUUCUCUUAAUGACUAGGCGAGUACAGUGGUGACUGCAUAGCAAUGUAUACGUUGUCUGUUACGUGUACACCAUUAUUGUUAGGAAAAAAUGCCCCGAAUGUCAGAUGGGGUCCUUUCAAACAGGCCCCCUGUGAGUGUUGACAUUCACCUGUGCUUUCCAGCUAAAACCACCACAGACUCUUAGAUACAUAACUUCCAAGAAGAGAGACGUAUGUAUACUUUUCUAGGUGUAAGGAUAUAUUUUAGGGGCUUCCCUGGUGGCGCAGUGGUUAAGAAUCCGCCUGCCAACACAGGGGACACGGGUUCGAGCCCUGGUCCGGGAAGAUCCCACAUGCCAUGGAGCAACUAAGCCCGUAGGCCGCAGAUACUGAGCCUGCGCUCUAGAGCCCGUGAGCCACAACCACUGAGCCUGUGAGCCACAACCACUGAGCCCGUGUGCCACAAGUACUGAAGCCCAUGCACCUAGAGCCUGUGCUCCACAACAAGAGAAGCCACCGCAGUGAGAAGCCUGUACACCGCAAUGAAGAGUAGCCCCCGCUCGCCGCAACUACAGAAAGCCUGCGCUCAGCAACGGAGACCCAAC